AUGACCCAUCUAUUACCUCCUAAUCUCCUGAAAUUAUUCGCUCCGAGACCACCGUUGCCAUAUGCGCGUCCCAUCGACAAGGAUCCAAAUGUUGUUCGUCCCAAAACUGUCACGGGCGUCGCAGCGCUCCUCGCCGCGAUAAGAGAAGAGAAUACAGCCGGGCUCAUUGACCAAGGCAGAGCCGAGGACGAGGCCGGCGCUGUCACAGAAGAGGACUCGAAAUUUACCCUGGCAGAGGAAACGCGUCGCGAGAUUCGACGAGAAGAAAAGAAGAAGAAAAAGGUCGAAGACUUUAAGAAUGCUGUGAACAAUUACCGUCCUGUGGAUAAUCCAGAUGCUCAAGGUGACCCUUACAAAACGUUAUUUGUUGCUCGUUUGCCCAAGAAAGCAACAGAAAACGAUCUACGAAGAGAAUUCGAAAUGUUUGGUGUCAUUGCGCGCAUAAAGAUUGUGAAGAACAAGAAUGGUAACUCUCGAGGGUAUGCGUUUAUCGUUUAUGAACGAGAGCGUGAUAUGAAAGUCGCCUACAAAGAAGGCGAGCAUAUGCAGCUUCUAGGAAAGCGAAUACUAGUCGACGUCGAGCGCGGCAGAACCGUCCGAGGAUGGAAACCUCGUCGGUUAGGAGGUGGCCUCGGUGGUCGACCCAAGAAAGAGCCCGACUUUUUCCGUGGUGGAGGAGGGGGUGGAAUGCGCGGCGGCAUGGGGGGCGGUCGAGGAUUUGGAGACCGCGGUGGUUUCCGAGGUGGGUUUGGAGGACCUCGAGGGGGCGGAGGCUUCAGAGGUGGGUUCAACGAUCGCGGCGGCUUCCGAGGUGGCGGUGGAGAUCGACCCCCAAGGUUCCAACAAGGCCCCGGUUUUGGUGGGCCAGGCGGCCCUCCGCCUAUGGGUAACGGGUACGGACCAGGUGGACCGGGACCGAAUGGACCUCCAGGCGGUCCAGGUGGAUAUCCUAUGCAACAGGGUGGGUUUGGAGGAGGUGGAGGUCCUCCGGGCUUUGGACCUCCGGGUGGUCCUGGGUUUGGAGGGGGCGGUAUGAAGCGCGAGUACGAAGGCGGCUACGACAGCGACCCAAAACGCCGGAGAUACUGA